AUGUGGGGGUACGCGGUGUGGCGGCGCUGCCCACGGGGGCUGCGGCGCGGCCGGGAGGCGCUGCUGGCGCUGCUGGCGCUGCUGGCGAUGGUCGGGCUGGGCUCGGUGCUGCGAGCGCAGCGCGGGGCCACGGCGGCUGAGUCUGAAAUCUCGCGUACCAGGCGCUCCGGCCGGCGCGAUCCGGUCCUGCCGCGGCCUCCGGUGCCCGAGGAUGCUCUGGGCGCGGGGGGCGAGGCGGUGCGACUGCAGCUGGAGGGCGAGGAGCUGCGGCUGCAGGAGGAGAGCGUGCGGCUGCACCAGAUCAACAUUUACCUUAGCGACCGCAUCUCGCUGCACCGCCGCCUGCCGGAGCGCUGGAACCCGCUGUGCAAAGAGAAGAAAUACGAUUAUGAACAUUUGCCCACAACUUCUGUUAUCAUAGCAUUUUAUAAUGAAGCCUGGUCAACUCUGCUUCGAACAGUUUACAGUGUCCUUGAGACGUCCCCAGACAUCCUGCUAGAAGAAGUUAUCCUCGUAGAUGACUACAGCAAUAGAGAUCACCUGAAGGAACGACUAGCCAAAGAGCUGUCACGGCUGCCCAAGGUGCGCCUGAUCCGUGCCAACAAGAGGGAGGGCCUGGUGCGCGCCCGGCUGCUGGGUGCUUCCGCGGCGAAGGGCGAAGUGCUGACCUUCCUGGACUGCCACUGUGAGUGCCACGAGGGAUGGUUGGAGCCACUGCUGCAGAGGAUCCACGAAGAGGAGUCUGCAGUUGUGUGCCCUGUGAUUGAUGUGAUUGAUUGGAACACCUUUGAGUACCUGGGGAACUCUGGGGAGCCCCAGAUCGGCGGUUUCGAUUGGAGGCUGGUGUUCACGUGGCACGUGGUUCCCAAGAGGGAGAAGACGCGGAUGCGGUCCCCCAUUGAUGUCAUCAGGUCUCCAACAAUGGCUGGUGGGCUGUUUGCUGUGAGUAAGAAAUAUUUUGAAUAUCUGGGGUCUUAUGAUACAGGAAUGGAAGUUUGGGGCGGAGAAAACCUCGAAUUCUCCUUUAGGAUCUGGCAGUGCGGUGGGACCCUGGAGAUACACCCGUGUUCUCACGUUGGCCACGUUUUCCCCAAGCAAGCUCCCUACUCCCGCAAAAAGGCUUUGGCCAACAGCGUCCGUGCAGCUGAAGUGUGGAUGGAUGAAUUUAAGGAGAUCUACUACCAUCGAAACCCCCAUGCCCGCUUGGAGCCCUUUGGGGACGUGACAGAGAGGAGGCAGCUCCGUGCCAAGCUCCAGUGUAAGGACUUCAAGUGGUUCUUGGAGACUGUGUAUCCAGAGCUGCACGUGCCGGAAGACAGGCCUGGUUUCUUCGGGAUGCUCCAGAACAAAGGGCUAGAAGAUCACUGCUUUGACUAUAACCCUCCCAAUGAACACGACAUCACGGGACACCAGGUCGUUCUGUAUCUCUGUCAUGGGAUGGGUCAGAACCAGUUUUUCGAGUACACGUCCCAGAAUGAAAUUCGCUACAACACCCACCAGCCAGAGGCCUGUGUAGCUGUCCAGGCAGGAACGGAUAUUCUCACCAUGCACCUCUGUGAGGAAAAGGCCCCAGAGAACCAGAAAUUCAUCUUGCAGGAGGAUGGUUCUUUAUUUCACGUACAGUCCAAGAAAUGUGUUCAGGCUGAGAGGAAGGCAUUCAGUGACAGUUUUGUACCACUCUUGCGCGACUGCACCUAUUCGGAACAUCAGAAAUGGUUCUUCAAGGAACGCAUGCUAUAAAGUGUCACUGUACCAAGGAGCCCAUCAGAGGAGAUGGGGGACCCCUGGACUCUGUGUCCAACAGAGAUGUAGCUAAGUUCUGUGACAGUCUCACCAAAAACUUGGCUACUCUGCUUCAUAAGGAAAUCAUUGUGCAGUUUGUGAAAGUGAUGUUAGAUUUAAUAGAAUGUGACUAAGCUUUGUACUGAUUUUGAAAACUUUAAAAUUGCUCCCAAAAACCCUAUUUUUAAAGGAUAAUGAUAAAAUAUUAACCCUUGGUAUUCAGAGAGUUAAAAACCUUUAAAUAUUUUUCUAUCAAGAUGUAUAUUCCACUGUCACGCCUUUUUAUUCCCCGUGGCAAAAAAGUAAGUAUUUUAUUUCGGUAUCGGCAAGGAUUUCCAGGUAUGAAGAUGUUUGUAUAUGUGGCAAUUAGACUUAUGUAAUAAACUUUUUUUUAUUUGCAUAAACUGAUAAUACUUCAAACGUUGAGUUAGGUUUUUCUCACUGUGGACAGAUGGACGGUGGGAACACUGUACUGAUUUCUUCAGAUCAUUGAGAUAAUCUAGAUUGAUUUAAUAAAGAAUGCCAUUUGAUUACGUGUUAGGACCAUAGUCAAACCUCCAAAGUUUAUGUUAGCCAUAGAGGACUAACCAAAGCUGAAAUCUACAAGGAGCAACUUGAUGUACUGGGCUAACAUAAACUUCUACCACAAGGGGUGGACUUCGGCGACACCCAGAUGUGGUGUUGGCUGGCUACUUUUAGUAAUUACCACUGGAACUUUAAAAUUUGUUUAUAUCAUUUUUAAUUUUUAUCACACAUUGGUGUCAGAGAGAAAUUUAAUGUUCUAUAUUAAAUUCAGUUUUCAAGUGUAUUCAUUCAUAAUAUUUGGUCAUUUAAUUCCUUUUGAGCUGUAGCAGCUGCUGCGAAAUUUUGUCCUGGUAAUUCUGGUUUGUGAAAGAUUCCCGAUCCAUUUCUGAGAUCUUGUCAACGUGAGGAAGUCAAUAUGAAUGAUUAAAAAAAAAUGUGUGAGAGCAUUGCAGAUCUCUGUUUUUGCAGCCGAUCAGAUGUGAGAGAUGAAGACACAUGUGCGAUUGAUUUAAAAGUGUCACCUUGUGUCUCACGCUCUUUUUUACACAGUCCCCUCUCUGAUGGAUCUAGUUUAACAAUUACCCAGAAAGAACUCCAGUUGACCUGGCUUGGGUCAAUCUGAUGUAUUUUAAUCACUUUGAAUUUCAGUUUCUUCAUCUGUAAAAUGGGAAUGAUGAAACCAGGCUCGUGCACUAGGUGUAAGGGUUAGAUAACAUAGAGCAGGUGAGGGCUUAGCUUCCUUAGUCCUUGGCAUCCAGUAUGGGUUCAUUCAAUUUCCGUUUUCAUAAAUGCACUUUAUAAAAUAUGAAACAUAAUAAACUUCAGUGGGUGUUUAUUCAAAACUAAAUAUUAAAUGAUUUAGUUAUUUUAUCGUUAUGGGAUUAAACAGUUCCUCAGCAGGUAGGAAUAUGGUAUGAACCCCUUCUAGCACAGCUCAGUUCCCUCCUAAAUGUAAGGCACUGUGGGGCCAAACCUUCCCCUCCCCGUCAUGGUAACCUAUAAAGCAGGCAAGAUGCCCUGCUCAACCUGUAAUAAAGGUAAGAAUCCUGCCUGCCUCCUGCCACCCUUUCUGCAGUGUCAGUCUGAGCUCCAUGAAGGGGUGUCAGCCCUUCCCAGGCAGACAGAAGAUGAACGCUGACCAAAUCCAUAAUGAGUGCAGGGAGGCGACAUGUGCACUUUCAUCUGCGUUCACCGGGCACUGCAGUCAGUUACCUUUGCUUGGGAAGUCAUCUGUCUUACUCCUGCCAUCAGUGUAUAUCUGGUCAUUUUUAGGAUAGAAAAAAUGAAAAUAUUUGGGUGGGAGGAGGGGAGUAUCAAGGGAUAUAUUAUCAGAGACUGGGAAGCAAUUUGCAAUAUUUUGAGGAAGCUUUCCCUUCUCUUAUGGGUGAGGCGUCUGAGCCUGGGUGGGUCCCCACCUGUCCCACUGGAAGGUGUGAAUUGGCCUUCUGUUCUGGUCACCAGUAUGAUUAUUACAUCAGAAGCAAUGUAGACAAUGCAGGUGCAUCUCAAACUCAAGUUCAGGGCUUCCCACACCUGUCAUCAGAUACCUACUUACUAUUUCAGAAGGCUCCCUUUUGAAAACUUGUAAAAUGCUCCUUAUAUGUCAGUUGGAAAGGAUUUGUUUUAUUUAUAUGACUCAAUCCUGGAUUUCUUUAUGGGUUGAGUAUGUGAGAAACUUAAAUUUCCUGCACUAACUAGCUGCCUUUUUCUCCUAUUUAAGCCGUGCUUUUCACACUUUAAUGUGUAUGAAAUCACCUGGCAUCAUUUUUUAGAUACAUUUUAUAUACGUUAUUUAUUGCAAGAAUAUUAAUAACUAAUAAUAACACCAGGAAGGAAAAAUAAAACUACUAACUAGAAAUUAAAUAAUUUUUUAAAGCAAAACUUAAAACCAAAUUGAGGAAUUAUCUAGAAAAUAUCUAAGGAAUGCUGCUUAAACACUGCUGGCAGGAAAAUGCACACACUUUAUGCCUGCAAGAAGUAAAAAAACAAAUUCAGCAUACAAAUUCAGCAUACAAUACAAAGAGUUAGAAAGAAAAUAAAUGAAAUCAACUUUAGAGAAGCAAAAGAAACUAAAUUUUAAAAUAUCACAGCAGACAUUAAUGAUUUAGACAAAAAAUAGUUGUAGAACUAAUGACAAUGAAAGCAGUGCUAUGAGAACAAAUAAUGAAAUAAUGAAGGGGAAAGCACAAAUUUAUAAGAUAUGAAUGAGGAAAUAACUACAAAUACAAAUAAUAGGAAUCUCAAUUGUGUUUAACUCUGUUAAAAUAAAUUUGAAAAUUAAGAUGAAAUGGAAAUCUUUGGAAGCUAUAGGAAACCGUAAGAGCUAUAAAUAGAAAUUAACAGAUUGCCAUGGAAAAAAAUAGAGGAAAUUGUUGAAGCAUAAUCACCCCUAAGAAACAACUUGCUAGGCCUAUAGUUUUGUAGGUGAAUUCUACCUAAAAUUCAAAGAUCAGAUAUUUCCAAUACUCCAGAGCAUAGUAAAAAUUAAUACUUCCAACUAUUUUAUAAAAUGUUCAAGUCAUUGCUUAUAAAACCUGCCAAUUAUAUAAAAACUUUUAUAUACCAAUUGCACUUAUAAUAUUGCUUCAAAUAUAGUAAACAUUAUAAAAAUAAAUGCUGUAGUAUAUA